AGGAACCAAAGGAACUGUGGGAUUUGAUGGGAUUUUUUUUUUCAACUACAUUUUCAAGUACAUUAUGGACAUACAACAACAACUUGUAACACCACGCUGGAAUCUGAAAUUACUAAAGCAAUAGGGAGUUGAGGGAAAGGUUCCAUGAGGAGUUUCCACUCAAGACCUCGGGUCUGAGGGUCCAUGAGGAGUCACUGAGAAUGGCCUUGAAAGACAGGGCUAAACUGCUCAGCAUUAUAGCAGUCCUACUGCACGUAUCCAGAUGUCAGGGGAGCCUUGAAAAGGACAACUCCCCUUUGAGGUUCACCCACCACUUAUAUAAUGCCACCAUUAAUGAGAACUCUGCCCCCCGGACCUAUGUGGAGAGUCCGGUACGAAUGGGCAUUGUAGUUUCUGAUCCCUUAUGGAACAUCAAGUACAAAGUUGUCGCUGGCAACGAAGAUGGGCUUUUCAAAGCAGAGGAGCUAACCGUAGGGGAUUUCAGCUUUCUGAGGAUAGGAACCGGAAGUGGUAACUCUCUUUCUCCUGUAAUGCUCAACCGAGAAGUACGAGACGCCUACACGCUGACUGUCGAGGCUACAGAGAGCACCUAUGAGUAUCAGUCCAGAACAAAAGUCCUUAUUCAGGUGCUUGACAGAAAUGACCUGAAACCCCUCUUCUACCCUGCUUCGUACAAUGUGGUAAUCAGAGAGGACGCUCCAGUGAAGUCGAGUGUGGUGAGAGUAAGCGCGACAGAUGCUGAUAUUGGCAGCAAUGCUGAGUUUUACUACUCCUUCACCGCUAGAGCACAUCCAUUUGCUGUGGAUCCUUUCACGGGCACUGUCACACUUGUUAAAAGACUUAAUGCCAGCCUAAAAGACAGGUAUGAUCUUACAAUUUUGGCUGAGGACAGGACGAAGAAAAUCUCUGGGGUCCAGAAGUUUGGAAAUGUUGCGACAGUCGUCAUAAACGUCGAAAAGGUCAUUGACAACUUUACACUUUCAUCACCUUUCACUUCAGAUGCUCCUCAAAUGGAUGCUGAAAGAAUAAGUGUAAGCAUCAAGCUGGAGCCCCACGUGAAGGCACGAGCUGCCACUCUGAAUAUAGUUGCAGGAGAUUCAGAGAAGUAUUUUGAAAUUAUUCCAUCUGCCUUCCAGGAUAAUGACUUUCAAUUGGUCUCAAUAAACCGAAUUAACUGGGCAAAAAACGCACCUGGAUUAAAUUUAUCCCUUCAGGCAAAAGACGGGAGUAAUCCCCCUUUGCUAACGCCAAUUAAGGAAAUUCAUAUUCCGUCUCCCCAAUUAACCUCACUGACAUUUGAUCAGAGAAUAUAUCAAGUAACUAUUAGCGAAUUUUCCCCGCCAAAAACUCACGUGCUUAAAGUGUCUGUCCAUCCACAAUUAGCAAAUGUCACCUACCAUAUCAAAAAUAACCCAGAUAGCCACAAGUUCAAAAUGAAUCCCAAGACUGGCAUUAUUGUCACUUCUGACCAUUUAGACUUUGAAAAGAAAUCUCACUAUGAGUUUGAUGUCACAGUAAAUUCUGGUGAAACUGAAGCUCGCGUCAUAGUUGACGUGACUGAUGAGAACGACAAUACUCCUGCAUUUACCUCACCCUCAUACCAGGCCACUGUGCAUGAAAAUGUUCCGAUAGGAACUAGCAUCUUACGCGUCUCUGCUAUGGAUAUGGACAGAGACAACAAUGGUUUUGUCACCUAUGCAAUUGCAAACGCAGCUCCUCAACCUUUUGCCAUAGAUCCAUUAACAGGAGUCAUUUCUACCUCUGAAGAGCUUGACUAUGAGCUAAUGAAAAGGUUUUUCCAUCUCAGGAUCUGGGCUUCUGACAGUGGAAGUCCCUUUAGCCGUGUCACUGAGUGUGCUGUGAGCGUCACUAUGAUCAACGUCAACGACAACAUUCCACGUUUUGAAAGAGUGGCCUGCAAUGUCUCAAUACCACAAGAUCUAAACGUUGGAAGUAACAUUGUUAUAAUUUCUGCUGUAGAUUAUGAUGAGCUGGAGCAAAUACAUUACAGAAUCCAGUCAGGAAAUGAGGAUAAAUUAUUUGGAAUUGAUUCCGUCAGCGGCAACAUCUUUUUAGCUCAUCCUAUUCCUAAUGACAUUCCGGUGACAAACCUUCCUACAUUUACUCUACAAAUAACAGCAAGUGAUGGAAAAAAUAGUGCUGAGACCAGUACAGUAACUGUAUCCAUAACAGACAAAGGAAAGGAAGUCAUGAGACAGUGUCAGGAGACUGGAGUUUCCAGGCAGUUAACUGAGAAACUCAUUGAAUCACUCAAACCUGUUCUCUCUGCCCAAGAUGAAGAACCGUUCUCUGAUAUCCACAUAAUCAAUCACCACUCUCCAAAGUUUGCUCUUUCAAAUCCAAGCUCCAUUGAUGUCAGGGAAGAUCUUGCUCCUAAUGUGCCUAUAUUGCACUUUAACGCAACCGAUAAUGACAGUGGCUUUAAUGGCAGGCUUGUCUAUGCAAUUUCAAGUGGGAAUGAGGAUGGAUGUUUCACAAUUGACACUAGCACAGGAGAACUAAAAAUCAUCUGUUCGUUAGACAGAGAAACAAAAGAAUUCUAUAUUCUCAACAUAACUGUGUAUGACUUAGGUACUCCACAAAUAUCUGCUUGGAAAUUGCUUGCUGUCAAUAUCCUAGAUGUAAAUGACAAUCCCCCAUCAUUUUCUCAACCAAGAUAUGUUCUGAGCAUCCCUGAAAACACAGAGAUUGACAAAAUCAUCUUUAAAGUGAAGGCUGCGGAUCCUGACCAACAUGACAAUGGAAUGAUCAAAUAUUCCUUGAUAACUUUUACAAACUUGUUCAAAGUGGAUGAAAUAUCUGGGGACGUGAGCGUGAAAGGGAAUUUGGACAGAGAGACCUUCCCUCGAUAUGACUUAAAGAUCGAAGCCAGGGAUGAAGCGAAAGAGGACCCUCAACUUAUCUCAAUAGCAGAUUUAGUGGUUGUCCUUGAAGAUAUCAAUGAUAAUCCUCCUGCGUUUGUACCUAAGGUCUACAGGAUCAAAGUUCCUGAAGAUGCCCCUCCAGGCACAGUGUUGUUGUGGGUAGAAAGCUAUGACUUGGAUUUGAGUAGUGGAGGCACUGUAAGCUAUAAUCUGAAGAAUAGUGAAGGAGGCACCUUUGUCUUGGACACAUCCACAGGCUUGCUUACUCUUGAGAAGGAACUGGACUUUGAGAAAAAACAAUUUUAUAAUCUAACAGUUCGUGGUGUGGACCAUGGGAAACCCAGGUCUUUGUCCUCUUCAUGUUUUGUAGAAGUUGAAGUGCUUGACGUCAAUGAAAAUCUGAAUCAGCCAGUGUUCAACUCAUUUGUACACAAUGCUACAGUUAUGGAAGAUGCCAAAAUAGGUACUUCGGUCCUGACUGUGACAGCAGUGGAUAAAGAUCUGGGCAAAGAUGGAGUCGUUAGAUACCGCAUUCAUGAUGGGACAGGACUCGGAGUCUUUAUCAUAGAUGAAGAAACAGGAAUGAUUCAGUUGGCGGACACAAUUGACAGGGAGGCUGUAACGCACUACUGGCUGACUGUGUAUGCCACUGAUCUGGGAACUGUUCCCCUGGUGACCUGGACCGAAGUCUACAUUGAAGUUUUGGACAUCAAUGACAAUCCUCCUGAGCUGUCCCAACCUAUGUACUUCGCUUCAAUCCAAGAAAAUUCGUCCAAAGACAAAUUUGUGUUGAAGGUGGCCGCCACAGAUGUGGACAAGUCAUCAGAGGGGAAGAUAACGUUCCACAUCCCUGAUUCUCAGCGAACGUAUUUCGACAUUAAUUCAAAGACAGGUGCAAUCAGCACUGUCUCAGCCCUGGAUCGUGAACAGAGAGCAGAGCACAUUAUUGAAGUGAUUGCAUCAGAUAAUGGAGAUCCUCCGAUGCGCUCCACAGCCACAGUGGUCAUUCAGGUGCUGGAUGAGAAUGAUAACAGCCCUCAGUUCAGUCACAAGCUCUUUCAGGUCCAACUGCCUGAAUGCCAAAACAAGGUAAUGACCCAGGAAGUCUUCAGGAUGAUCGCACAAGAUAAAGACGACGGUCCCAACAGGCAGAUCACCUACAGCCUGGAGGAUAACAUGGAGGGCCGAUAUGAAAUCCACCCAACCACAGGGGUGGUGACUGCCAAAGGAGAGUUUGCACGAGGCAGCUACAACAUCCUAACGAUAAGAGCCACAGAUCAUGGUAAUCCCGCGAGAAUGUCCAAGUCACGUCUAGAUGUUGAAUGGCUGCCACAACCAGAACCCAGUUUGGAAUCUUUAGCUUUUGACGAGUCACUCUUCACCUUUGCCGUCAUGGAAUCAGACCCUGUCACUCAAAUGGUGGGAAUCAUCAGCACCGAGAUCAUAACAAGCCUCCUCUGGUUCGACAUUGUAGGAGGAGAUGAAGAUCAUGACUUUUAUAUUGAGAAGAAUUCUGGGAGUAUUGUCAUAGCUAGGCAACUUGAUGCUGGCAAAAGAUCCAAUUAUAACCUUACCGUCAGCGUAACAGAUGGUUCCCAGACCAUAACAACACAGGCUUAUAUCAGGGUGCUCGACAUGAAUGAGCAUCGACCCAUGUUCCUAAAGAGUAUGUACGAGGUGAGCGUUCCAGAGGACACGGCACCAGCUAAGGAGAUCCUGCAGAUUAGUGCCCAAGAUGCAGACAUCAACAGCAGGAUCAUUUACUCCAUCCACAGCAGUCUCAACCCAGACAGCCUUAAGCAUUUCCACCUGGAUCCAAAGAGCGGAGUUCUUGUCUUAACUGAGGCGCUGGACUAUGAGGCCAUCUCCACACACAGUCUUCUAGUGAUGGUUCGUGAUCAAGAGAUCCCUGUGAAGAGGAACUUUGUGAAAGCAGUAGUGCAUGUGGAGGACUGUAAUGACUAUACACCCACAUUCAUGAGCACUCAUUAUGAGGGACACAUCAGUAACUUGGCUCCAACUGGGACAGAGGUGCUUCGAGUUAAAGCUUUGGAUAAAGACACGGGCAGUAAUGCUGAGAUUGUCUACUCUAUUCACUCAGGAGGGAAUACAGAAGGAGCUUUCGACAUCGAUCAGGAGACAGGAAGCAUCAGAGUGGCUAAGCCUUUAGACAUGCUCUCCCAAGAACAAUACCAGCUUGUGGUGAAAUCCACUGACCAGGGUUUUCCCCAGCGCAGUGACCUCUGUCCUGUUAACAUCCAUCUAAAGCUGUCUGAGCACACAGCACCCAGGUUUACACAGGAUGAAUACGUCACUGAAAUAAGUGAAAGCAGUGCUUUGGGCAUUCCAGUGCUGUCUGUCUCCGCUAGCUGCCCAUCUGCUGUAAACUACAGGAUCCAAGAUGGUGAUCCUAAUGGAACUUUUCAAAUCAAUUUAAAUUCUGGACGGCUUUCUGUCCAAAAAGCCCUAAAUUUUGAAGAGUGCAAAUCUUAUCAACUCAAAAUAAGAGCCACAAAUACAGCGGGGGUCUCAUCAGAUGCAGUUGUUUAUGUGUAUAUUAUAGAUGAAAAUGACAAUGCACCUGUUUUUCUUCAGGGCAGUUACUACGGCCAGAUCAGUGAGUCUGCACAGAUAAACAGUAUGGUAAUGGGAGAGAACAACGCCCCAUUGGUCAUCAAGGCUUCAGAUGCCGACAAGGAAUCUAACGCUCUGCUGAUCUUCCAAAUCCAAGAGCCUGAGGCAAGGCAAAUGUUUAAAAUUGAUCCAAGCAUGGGGACAAUCUCACUGAUAUCUGCGCUUGACUUUGAAUCCAUUCCUGAAUUUACCUUCACGGUUCAAGUGUGGGACUCAGGAGAGCCCACAUUGAGUGCUGUCAAACCAUGCAAAGUCACCAUUCGUGUCCUAGAUUUUAAUGACUGUCCUCCUAAGUUCACACUACCCGUUUAUACGGUUUCCAUCAUGUCCCCUGUUUUUAAAGACAUGCAAGUCAUUCAAGUAAUGGCUCAUGAUGAAGAUUCAUUAGUCUUGUAUAGUAUUAGUAACCAUGAAGAUGCAUUUAAAAUACAUGAAUCAACUGGAGAAAUCUCAGUGAAUAAUGCUUCUGAAUUUCAGUCCUAUUAUGAGCUCAAAGUUAUAGCUUCAGAUGGUGUAUACAGAGACACCACUUUGGUAAAUGUUAAUGUCACUGAAAUGAAAAGGACUAGUCUAAAGUUUGAGGACCGGACCCAUGUUGGCACAGUGCUUGAAAACACAACAUCUGUAAAAACUUUAACUGUACUCAGAGCUACGGGCCACUACCUUAACGAACCACUGAUCUACUCAGUCCUGAACCCAGCCGAUAAGUUUUCAGUGGUGCAGUCUUCAGGUGUAUUGCAGACAACAGGCGUUGCCUUCGACCGAGAGGAGCAGGAUGAGUAUGAUGUUGCGGUGGAGGUCAGAGACACAAGAAAUCCACAACGAAUGGAUGUGACUUAUGUCAAAAUUUAUGUAGAUGAUAUCAAUGACAACACACCCAUCAUAUCAAACCUUCCAAAUACUCUUAUGAUAUCUGACGAGGCAGAACCAGGGGACGUUCUGUUCCAAGUCCUGGCAACUGAUAAGGACACUGGUGAAAAUGGAUCUGUAAUAUUUACCCUAGAGGAGGAUUUCAAUCUCUUCAGGAUUGAUCCCUAUCUUGGAGAUGUGUCCCUUCAACGACCCUUAGACUAUGACACGUUAAACAAAUAUGUGCUUACUGUAAGAGCUUCAGAUGAAGGAGAGCCUAGUCUGUCAACAGUAGCACAGCUUUAUGUACAAGUGCAAAACCGUUCCCAUCCGAUAUUUCAAAGUCUAUUUUAUCCGUUACGACUGCCUGAAAACAUUCCUCCCUUCACAAACAUUCUGCAUGUGCAGGCAAAAAAUCCGGAGGGCUACCGACUUAUCUACAACCUGGAAGAAGAGGAAAAUUCCACGCAAUAUUUUCACAUUGAUUUCAAGACAGGCAUGUUAAGUGUCUCUGACUUUUUAGACUAUGAAUCUCAGACAAGUCACCUGUUGACCGUUCGGGCCACAGACUCAAUAACCGGCUCUUUUAGUGAGUCCAAAGUGCAAAUAGAUGUCGAGGACAUCAACGAUAACGCUCCUGUUUUUGAGAAACGUACCUACAAAGCAGAAUUGUUAGAAGGUCUUCCAGUGAGCUCAUCUGUAAUACAAGUCUCAGCUUUUGACAGAGACUCCGGUAGAAAUAAAGACUUAACCUAUGAAAUAGUUGACACAGGAAAAAAUGAAACAGACUUUUUCAAAAUUGAUCCACUCAGUGGUCUUUUGCUAACAUCACAGGUUUUAGAUUAUGAGACCACCCAAGAAUUCCAUCUAAAAGUCAUAGUCAAAGACGGUGGUACGCCAUCUCUCAGCAGUGAAGCUCAAAUUACUGUGAAUGUUAUGGAUGUCAAUGACAACCCUCCAAACUUCAGUGAGCCUCAAUAUCAAGCCUCAUUGGAUGAAAUGGCAACCUGUGGACACGUUGUAAUUAAAGUCCAGGCCUCAGAUCCUGACAGCAAGGACAAUCUCCAGUAUAGAAUUCUCUCGGGUAAUGAAGAGAGGUACUUUGCUAUGAAUGAAUCAUCUGGGCUUAUUUCAUUUUCCAAUGUUUGCAAGAGAAAUUUGAAUUCCUUUUACAAUCUCACCGUUGCUGUUUCGGAUGGUGUGUUUCACACAACUGCGCCGGUUAACAUUGUCAUGACCAACAGCAACAGGCAUAGCCCAUACUUCAGCCAUGACGUUUACGAAGCCGAACUGGCUGAAAACGCAGAGGCAGGAACACGUGUAAUUCGUCUGGCUGCUAUUGAUCCUGAUGAUGGUCCAUAUGGCAGCGUAGAUUACACCAUAAUCAACAAACUAGCAGAUGAAAAAUUCAAUAUUGAUGGUGAAGGACAAAUUGUGACCUCUCAACCUUUGGACAGAGAAAAUCCCUCACAAAGAGUGAUUGCCAUCAAGGUCAUGGCUAAGGAUGGUGGAGGAAGAGUAGCUUUUUGCACUGUGAAGAUUAUCCUUACAGAUGAGAAUGAUAAUGCACCACAGUUCAAAGCCUCUCAGUACCAGGUGUCUAUUAAGUCCACAGUAAAUAAAGGUUCUCCAGUUAUUCAAAUAAUGGCUUAUGAUGCUGAUGAAGGCAAGAAUGCUGAUGUCACUUACACAGUGGAUGAAGCUGAGGAGGUAACCGAGGAGGUGAUUGAAAUUAAUCCCUUCACUGGUGUGGUUAGUGUCAAAGAGAGCCUGGUUGGCAUGGAAAACAAGAUCUUCAAUUUCAAAGUCCAAGCUCGGGAUGGAGGAAUACCAUUUUACAACACCACCGUGCCAGUCCAGGUUAAAGUAGUCCCUCCAGAGGUCCCUCUACCAAGGUUUACUGAACCACUAUAUACAUUCUCACUGGCUGAAGAUUUCCCUAUUGGCUAUGAGAUAGGUACAGUCAAGGCUGAUGCUGACACACCACUCAUCUAUAGCCUAGUAGAUGGCAACACUGUGGAAAGCAACAGAGAUCAAGUGUUUGCUCUUGAUGAAGAUAGUGGAACCCUUGUUGUGCAGAAAAAUAUUGACUAUGAGAAGACCAAGUGGUAUCAGAUUGACGUUAUUGCUCAGGGUAAUCAUAACGGAACUGACGUAGCUUCUCUAGUAUCUGUUAACAUCCAGGUUCAGGAUGUGAAUGAUAACCAGCCCAACUUUGAUUCUGAUGUGUACAAAGCCAUACUGGCUGAAAAUAUGCCUGCUGCCACCACAGUGAUCCAGGUGACAGCUAAUGAUCCAGAUAAAGACAUUAAUGGAGAGGUGAUAUACACUCUGGAGCCAGACAGAGAUGAUAUCAGUGAGAUCUUCCGUAUUGACUCACAAACUGGCUGGAUAACCACCAUGAAGGAGACAGACUGUGAAUCCAAACAACUGUACAGGUUCUACGUGGUAGCCACUGAUCAUGGAGGCAGUGUCAGGCUUUCCUCAUCAGCCCUCGUGGAAGUGACGGUCACUGAUGAAAAUGAUAAUCCACCCCAGUUCACAGAGGAGGUCUAUCAUGGGUCCAUACUUGAGAACAGUAGGCCUGGGGAACCAAUAGUUGUUCUGACAACUACAGAUAAUGAUGUGUCCUCUGACAACAGACAAGUCACAUGUUAUAUAACAGACGGAGAUCCACUUGGACAGUUCGCAGUCACCGUUGCGAGAGAAGAAUGUAGACUGGUUUCAAAAGGGUCACUAGAUAGGGAAAUGAAGGACAAACACAGUCUAAAAGUGAUAGCCACAGAUGGAAAGUUUCAAACUGCUACCACAGUAGAAGUCCAUGUUCUUGACAGCAAUGACAACAGUCCCUUGUGUGAACAAUUGCUUUACACUGAAGCAGUCAUGGAAAAUUCCCCAUCAGGACACUUCCUCCUGAAGAUCACUGCCUCGGAUCCAGACAUUGGCACAAACGGACAGAUUUCCUUUACUCUUCAUGGGCCAAAUGCAGACAAGUUUCAUCUGCACCCCAUAACUGGUGAGCUGUUCACUCUUGCCUCCUUGGACCGGGAGAAGGAAGCAGAGUAUGACCUGGUCGUCAAGGCGACUGACGGAGGAGGACGUUCGUGUCAAGCAGACGUUAUACUUAAGGUGCAGGACGUAAAUGACAACGCGCCACAAUUCUCCAGCAAUCACUAUGAGAUAAUGGUGUUUGACAACACCACUGUUAGAACUCCUAUUACAGUCAUCUACGCCAAAGACCCAGACACAGGUAUAAAUGGUGAGGUGAGGUACUCCCUGCAAGGAGCAGAUAGUGGUUUCUUCUCUCUGGAUCAAACUUCAGGGAUUUUACGCCUGGAGCAUUCAUUGGCUGACCAGGCGAAAUCAAUCUUUGAGCUGAGUGUCAAAGCCACAGACAGAGGUCUUCCUAAUCACCGCUACUCCCUAGCCAGGGUGACUGUGCAUGUAGUCGACCUGAAUGACUAUCAGCCUGUGUUCCUGAGCCCUGAGUAUAUGGCCGAGAUUCCAGAAUCCUUGCCUGUAGGGACAGAAGUAAUUAGUGUUUCUGCCCAAACAAGAGAUGGCACUGGCAGCGAGCCUGUCCGAUACUCCAUCAUUUCUGGGAAUGAGGAUGGAAGGUUCCAGAUCAACUCUGAGACAGGUGUGUUGUGGUUGAGGGCUCCUCUGGACUUUGAGCUCCGUCGUGAGUAUUAUCUGUCUGUGGAGGGUGCCCGAGGCAGAGCAUCGCUGGCUGACAUGGCUAUGGUUAUUGUCAACAUUACUGACAUCAAUGACAACCCACCAGUGUUCAGCCGUGGAGACUACAGUGCAGAAAUCGCCGAAAAUCUCAUGCCGGGAGACACGGUGAUGCAGGUAACAGCUGUUGACCUUGAUGGUCCGCAGAACAACUUUAUCCGCUACUCCAUCGUGAGUGGAGACCCUUGGCAGCAGUUCAGCAUCAACCCUCAGACAGGACACAUUAAAGUGCAUACCACGCUGGACAGGGAAGAGAUCACACACUACUCCUUGACUGUGCAAGCUGCUGACGAGGGGCAGCCUCCUCUCUCCUCAGCCGUCCAGGUGACAAUAACAGUGUCAGAUGUCAACGACAACCCGCCCAUCUUCUCCCAGACCAGCCACGACCUUGUGCUACAAGAAGAGGAGCCUGUGGGCAGUAGCAUUCUGCAACUGGUGGUCAGUGACAGGGACACACCUCAAAAUGGACCACCGUUUACUUUCCACAUUGUCUCUGGAAAUGAAGGCAGACACUUCCAUGUAGACCAGGGUGGACUCCUGUCUCUGUCCUCUUCACUUAGGAAGAGAGGAAAGUCUCAGCAUGUGCUCAAAAUCCAGGUCACCGACAGCGGCAACCCACCACUUUCCUCUAUAUGUGUUGUUAAAAUCAAUGUUACAGAGGAGAGUAAGUUCCCUCCUGCGGUAACACCACUGGAUGUGUUCAUUACAACAACUGAGCAAACGUUCUCCAGACGUGUUAUCGGUAAGCUGCAUGCCUCUGACCAGGACCCCCAGGAUGUUCUGAGUUACAGGUUAGAAACUACGCACAGUGGUAACUUCUCUAUGGACUCCAUGAAUGGAAAAAUCAUAGCGGAGAAGCCUCUUUGGCCGGGUGUUUAUUUUCUCAAUGUGAGCGUGACAGAUGGCAAAUUCACUGUCCGUUCUGGAGUGCGAGUACAUAUAUGGGCUGCGUCUCAGCAGGAACUUGAUCAGGGCUUCACCCUGCACUUGGCCGGCCUGAGUGCUGAGGAGUUUGUAUCCGAGUACUGGAGGAUGCUACAGCGCAAUCUGGACACACCCAAACUAGAGCUGCACAUCGCCAGUCUGCAGCAAGAACAGCUGUCUCGCAGCAAAGAAGUACAGGUCCUACUGGUAUACAAGGCUCAGGACAACUCGGCUCGGCCUGUGGACUCCCAGCACUUAAUGGCCGCACUGGCGCGCAUUAAUGCCUCUCUGGGACUGAACAUACUUAGAGUAAGAGGUAAUGGCUGUGUGGGAGAUGACUGCCCUCAACCAGGCUGCAGAAGAACCGUUCUGAUGAAUGAGGAGUGGGAGACGCAUUACAGCACUGCUCGGGCCAGUUUCUUCACCCCACAUCACACCUGGGAGAGUGUGUGCAGCUGUAAUGACUCAGCCAUGAGCUUUGAUGGACACGGCUAUCUAAAAUACCUUUUUGAGACCGAUGAGGAUAAACACAACUUCCACCUGUCCCUUCGUAUCAAAACAUCGGAUGCUGAAGGCAUAGUCAUGAUGACUAAUGCCUCUGACUGGGCAACAUUACAGCUGGUGGAAAAAAAGCUACAGUUCCGGUACAGCUGUGGGAACCAAGGAGUCAUGCAUCUGGGAAAUUAUUUGGUGGCUGAUAAUCAAUGGCAUGACAUCUCCGUGGAGGUCAAAGGAACUAACCUGAGGCUCACCAUGGACCACGUACACUCCAUGACCAGAGACCUGCAGGAGCCUUGCAGGCUGACUCAGACACAGGGGGUUCUGCUGUUCGCCAAUGUCGGUCCUAAUGCCAACUUGCCAGGAUUUAAGGGCUGUCUGGAGCGACUGUACUUUAAUGGGCAAAGUGUAUUGACAGAUGAUAGUUCGCAGAGAAACCGACUAUUUGGAAAGUACCAAUGCUGCAAAAAGGACAUCUGCACCAGUAACCCUUGUGAAAAUGGAGGAACUUGUCAGGGAACAGUUAACGGAGAAUACAGCUGUACAUGUCCAACAGAGUUUAUGGGAACACGCUGUGAGCUGAAUAACCCUUGUGCGUCUCAACCUUGUGGCCAUGGCAGUGUGUGUGUGCCGAAGAUUGACGGUUACGUGUGUAACUGCUCUGAAGAAAUUCUUGGAAGCAGAUGCAAGCUGACGAAGGAGGAAUGCCCUCCAGAUUCCUGUGGCAGUGGAUUUAGCUGUAAAAUGGAAGACGGCUUUAUCCGCUGUAACCCUCUGCCUCUGGUAUCAAGAGGAAUUGGAUAUGUGGAGAUUGCUGAGAUCUGUGCGGGGGUGUUGGUCCUCAUCCUUCUUGUUGCAGCUUUUGUGUUGAUUCGAAAACGCUAUGUCAGUUACAAGAAACACAAGCCGGUUUGCGUGCAAGAUUCAAAUGGUUACUUCCCAACGGGCCUGACCAAAACCAUGCUGCGUGAUGGAGGAGACUCGCCUCCUAUGGAGAUGAACACACUGAUUGGUGGGAAUGACCUAGACCACAGCCCAUUCCGCUCUCUGAAGCCGCGUGAGCAGAGGGAUAUGAACCCCAGGGGGCAUAAGCCUCAGGCCCCUGUAGUAUGCAGUGUAGCCCCUAACCUUCCUCAUCCUCCAGCAUCCAACUCAGAUAAUGAUUCAAUCAGGAAAAACAACUGGGAUCCAAGCUAUGAAGUGUACCCUGCUGACCCUGACUAUUUUGGACGACCGCCAGUGCAGGAGUUCCCGCAGUUUGACAUUGUUGAGAGCACGUACCCGACUCUGCCCGCCACAGACUCACGACGGAACUCUCGUUUUGGGGGUUUCCCAUUCCCGCUGGAGCGCAGUGAACGUCGUGCCCCAUUGCCACCCUGCUAUAGUCACCAAAAUCUGGAUGAUUUUCUGGGACCGGACGGCCUUCCGCUGCCUAGCUCUCAGUGUCCUAACGAGUACACGGCCAUCAGUUAUUACCCCACACAACACACUCGCAGCAUGGACAAUGUCUCAGCCGGGUAUAAACGAUUGAGUGUGCGGUUGAGUGUGGCCCAGCCCUCAUAUGCAGAUUGUGGUUCAUCCACACGCUCUGGUAUAGUCACUCGGCGUGCAGACUCGGACAUGGUGGAGAGUGACUAUGGCAGCUGUGAAGAGGUCAUGUUUUAGCAAGCGCAUGCAUUUCCAUCAGGACUAAGAUUUGAAUUAUGACUUGUGAAUUUCGGGGAGAUUUAUGGUAGAGAGGAAUGAAUGAGUUAUUUCCUGUCAAAAAACAGUCAUUUUUAAAAAAAAAAUUGUAAAUGACCAAUUUAUUCUACUUUUGGUAAGCCUGCGAUUUAGCUCAUUACACAACAUAUAUACAUACAGUAUGCAGAAACGUAGGCAACACUUGCAAUUUUCUGACACAACUUUACAGAUUUCAGCAUCGACUGCCACGAAUAUCAAUGUUAGCUACACCUGGAUUGUGCACAUUCCUUUGAGGCACAUUCUCGGAAUUUUCAAGUGAUUUUUCAUUCUUUAAUGCUAUCAAUUAUCAAUCUUGUCAAGGUGUUUUUAGUUUUUUGACAGGAAAUAAUUUUAGAGAAAUACUACCAAGGCACUAGAUCUCCCUGUACUAGACAGUAUUAUUAUUUUUUAUGGAAUAAGAAAAGCAAAUUUCAUUCUUACAGUAUAUACUGUUUUGGGAAAGUGGCAGCUGUGCAGCGCUGCAGAGUAUCAGUUAAAUGCUUCAUCAUGGUUGGUGUUUACAGUUUCCUUCAUGUACUGACAUUUAGUAUAUGUUGCAUGACUUUGAGUCAAAAAUUAGGUUUUUCCAGUGUUCAAGCUGAUAAAUAAUGCUUAUGUGUUGCAUUUAUUUCAAGGUUUUAUUUAGCACAAGUAAGAGAGCAUUUGCAUAUUAUGUGGCACCAAUUAUUUUUUUUUUUUUUUCAUUUUUGUGUUCUUGUUAAAACGCUAUAUUUAAAAGUAACACAAAUAUACUGUAUAAAGUUACAGACUAUAUUCAAACUCCUUGCUUCUGGGAGUUUCCCCAUGCUGUGCAUAACUAAGGCUUCAGUUAGAAACAAUAUCCCCUGCUCUUAAAGGCAUAUAACGAGUGCUUGCUUGCAUUAUUUUUGUCCUCAGAGCAUGCUAAAGCACUUGAUACUAUACUGCUGAAUUGAAACAGUGCACUGUUUGAAUUUGUGUGCCUCAGAACUGUCAGGCAUUUCUUACCUGUGGGGAAAAGGUCCAUCUGCUAGAUAGAUACCUGCAAAUUGUGUGUGUAAAAAGUAGAUUACAUUUAUUUAGACUGAAGCUAAGGCUGGUCCUUGGAUAUUUACAGACAGUAUAUUAUAGAAAUAUGCUAUAUAUCAAAACAGAUUUCAAAUGCUGAGUCUAUAAGUGAACUAGAUAUUUUUGUCCUUCUUCAAUUAGCCAUAACAUCAACACCACAAAACAGUAAUGCAUUAACAUUAAUUAUUGGUUAUAUACCAGUAACCUGGUGACAGGAUCACGGCCACCCAAGGCUUAUCUACUGUAUGCCUGUGGGGAGCAUAGACCAGUCAGAUCCCACAGAAAAGCAAAGCAGCACAAUUUCCCCAAAAAUGUCAAUGCUGGUCCAGAUAGAAAGGCAUCAGAACACCCAGUACACUGCAGCCUGGUGCACAAUUGGCCCAGCAAAGAAUAAGCCCAAGGCAGCUGACCUGAUCUCCAAACUCCUCCAGGUACCACAGCACACCCCACCCCAAAAGGCCCAGCAAAGAAAGCUGCACGAGUGGCACAAAGGGAACCUUCCCACUACUGGGUAUAAGAUUUUGCGUUGUAAUGUUAUGGCUGAUGGUUCUAUAAGAAAUGCUUGGUUAUCAAUUAUCAGUUAGAUGCAGUAUUUUUGAAUGUGAAAACUUGCAAUGUCUUGUUACCCCUAAUGCUGAAAAUGUGAAGAGAUCAAACAAUAAUCAAAUACGAAAUCAGACUAUAAAACAGUUAAUAUCCAACCUAGUAGUGCAACUACCAUGCAUUUUGUGAAUGUUGCUCUCUGCCGAAACAGUUUGUGAAAGUGUAUAAUAUUGACCCUGCGAACCUGCUAUCUCACAAUUCUGUUACUUUGUCAGUCAUGUCUUUUGCAUCCCUUUAUCAGUAGGGAUUUGCAGCCUAGUACAGAACCGCUGGAUUUAAGCUCUACAGUAUGACAUGGCUGUGUGAGAAUCGUAUUAAAGCCGAACACUCACAUGGCUACACGCUCAUUGCAUGUUGUCUUUUUCUCUCCUACUGAUAGAUAGCUUUGUCAUUGUGAUGGAUCGUGCUAAGUGUUUAGCUCAAAUAAAAUGCUCUGUUCCCGUCCUUAAUGGCAGCUCUGUUAAAUCAGUUGGCCACAAAGCCAUUGUUGUACAUACAGUGAGUGCAGUGGUCCAGUGGAUUCACGAAAGAAUGUAUGCUUUUGUAUUUACAAAUUGCAAUGUGGGACAAAUCCCAUGUUUUAAAUCUGUUCCUCUGUGAGAGAAUAAUUUCCUUUUAGUUUUCAUCAUCACUGGAAAUGAAAUAGUGCUAUAUGAAUAAAUGUCCACGUUUAAUUACUGUGU